AAUCGCGAAAGCUCAAAGCUGUUUGAGCUCGAGCUUCCAAUUCCUGUCACGCCCUCCACACAACACUGCAGAUGAAGUAGCGACCAUGUCAAUCCCCGGCCUGGGUCAGAUUGCUCCGCAGCAACCCACAACCUCCACAACCCGCACCAUCACCCUCCGCCCCUUCUGGGAGUGGCGCUUCGAAGUCCCACGCAGCAGCAGCGCCGCAACCACCACCAGUGCCACCACCACCGCCCCCGGCAAUGUCAGCGUCGGCGGCGGCGGCGCGACGGUGCGCCUGACGAGCGGCGCCGCCGAGCGCGACGGCACCGAGCUCGCCCUCAACCGCGUCUACACCUUCCCGCGCAACACCCAGUCCAAGCUGCUCACCUACACGGGCGCGACGCUCGAGGUCGCUGGCGCGUUCGUUGAUCAUGUCGCUCAGUACCCUGCCCCCGAGGCCUCGCCCCAGCUGCCGGUGCUGAAUCUGCAUUUUGCGCUGCAGGAGCUGCGCGCGGGGGUUGGGCGGGGGGGUGGUGAUAAUACGAAUGAUAAUGGUGGUGGUGGUGGUGGUGGUGGGGUGCCCGGGCCGAGGGUGAUGAUCUGCGGGGAGAGGGACAGCGGCAAGACGACGGUGGCGCGGACGCUCGCGGCGCUGGCGACGCGCGCGGGCGGGCAGCCGCUGGUCGGGAGUGUCGACCCGCGCGAGGGCAUGCUGGCGCUGCCAGGCACGAUCAGUGCCGCGGUGUUUGGGACGGUUAUGGAUGUGGAGGACCCGGCUGCCGGGUUUGGCGUCAGUGGCACCCCCAGCAGCGGGCCCAGUGCCGUGCCUGUUAAGCUGCCGAUGGUGUAUUAUGUCGGACGGGAGAGGGUGGAUGAGGAUGUGCCGCUGUGGAGGGACUUGGUGGGCAAGCUGGGCAGCUCGGCGAGGGCCAAGUUUGCGGCGGAUGAGGUGGUUAGGGAGGCUGGGUUGCUGCUGGAUACGCCGGCUGCGAGCGUGGCGAAAGGGGAUUUGGAUAUCUUGAUGCAUGCGGCACAUGAGUUUGCAGUCAACAUUGUGGUUGUUAUCGGCUCGGUUGAGCUACACGCCGAGCUGCAGCGCCGCUUCGAGAAUGAGCGGACGUUACAUGGAGAAGUUGUCACGCUAAUCUUCCUCGACAAAUCCGAUGGGGUAGCAGAACGGGAUAAGGACUUCAUGAAGUUUACUCGCGAAGCCGCUAUUAAGGAGUAUUUCUUUGGCGAUGCCAAGAGGACGCUGAGCCCGUUUACGCAGUCGGUCGGCUUUGACGAUGUGGCCGUGUUUAGGACACCUGAAGGUUCGGGUUUCUACGACAACAAACCAGCUCUCGAGCGCGCCGACAUCUCCGCAGAGAUGUCCCACUGGACCCUUGCUGUCAUGAACGCGUCCGUAAACGACCCGCCCGAGAUAAUCCGUCAAGCGCCAGUCAUGGGAUUCGUAGCCAUCGCCGAUGUGGACGAGGACAGGCGGCGACUCAAAGUCCUUUCCCCCGUUAGUGGCCGCUUAGGAAACCGGCCGAUGGUAUGGGGGCGCUGGCCCGAGCCGUACAUCAACUUGCUUGGGUAGGGAGAUGGGUUCGAGGGCGUAUGGGCUUGGUUGCAUUUUCCGGUGCACCUCUACAAGGAUGGGGGUCUUGGGGGUUCGGCAGCACAACGGCGUAAUGGGGGAGAUGGUUUCGGGCAUGCUGUUUUUGGGAACACUCGGGAUGCAUUCGUACCUGAGUACACACGCGAAUUGUACAGAUUAAUUCUGACCUGCCUAAUCUGCCCUUAGUUUGGUCUUGAGAAACCCCUCGUUUUAUUUAU